GACAGCAGUUGGGGUUAGAACCUGACUCAGUUUCAGGUUCAAGCGAAAUCGCCAUUAGGUUUCACCCAAGUCACAAUAACGCAACUAUUGUUUAUUGUUUAUUAUUAAUCGUACGAUAGCCUAUUGUUAAGGUUUUUUUUAAAUAUUAAAGAUGUUAUCGGGAGGUAUGCAAUUGCUUACUGUAAAUGUUUCAAAACGCUUGUAUCAACCAGCUGGUUACAUUUUACGUAGAUUGAGUGUUUCCAUUUGUUUGAGAGACGAUCAAAUCAAACGUCAGGACCUUUUUCUAAGAAAUUUCAAUAAAUCAGGACCAUUAACAGAUCUACCCGAUUACAGUUACAUAGAUGGAAAGAUUGUGCCUUUAGGGGCGAAUCAAAAGAAAAGGAUAUUACAACAAAGGGAAUUGGCCACUAAAAUUGUUACUUUGUCUAAAGAAAUGGACUUUGCAUUGGAGCGUUACAACAGGUUACAGAAAAAGCAGCAAUUUGAAAAACAAGCUAUAAUCGAUAAUAAGCUCAAACCCAAGGGUCAUCUUUUGUUGAAGUGAAGAGAAUAGUUUUAGUAAACGGUUAAUCGAUA